AUGAUGCUUUGGGGAGGGGGGCAAGCAGUGCCAUAUGGAAAAGAUAUGUUUCUGUUUCUUCAUUUGAACCAGGCCUAUAAAAUUGAAGUGGGAGAGAAAGGAGAACCAGAAUUUAAAUAUGUUGGGAAUAUGCAUGGGAACGAAGCUGUCGGAAGGGAGUUGCUCAUCUUCUUGGCUCAGUACUUGUGUAAUGAAUACCAGAAAGGAAAUGAAACUAUUAUCAACUUGAUCCACAGCACACGUAUCCAUAUCAUGCCAUCUUUGAACCCGGAUGGCUUUGAGAAGGCAGCGUCCCAGCCCGGUGAACUUAAAGACUGGUUUGUUGGUCGAAGCAACGCCCAAGGGAUAGAUCUAAACCGAAAUUUCCCUGAUCUUGAUAGAAUAGUCUAUGUUAAUGAGAAGGAAGGUGGCCCAAACAACCACCUACUGAAAAACAUGAAAAAAGCCGUGGACCAGAAUCCUAAGCUUGCUCCUGAAACGAAAGGUGUCAUUCACUGGAUUAUGGAUAUUCCCUUUGUGCUUUCUGCCAAUCUUCAUGGAGGAGACCUCGUCGCAAACUAUCCAUAUGAUGAGACUCGGAGUGGAAGUGCCCAUGAGUACAGCUCCUGCCCUGAUGAUGCUAUUUUUCAAAGCCUGGCUCGCAGCUAUUCUUCUUUCAAUCCUGCUAUGUCUGAUCCAAACAGACCACCGUGUCGUAAAAAUGAUGAUGACAGCAGCUUUGUGGAUGGAACAACUAAUGGUGGUGCAUGGUACAGCGUCCCGGGAGGAAAAAAUUACCUCAGCAGCAACUGCUUUGAAAUCACAGUGGAACUCAGCUGUGAAAAAUUCCCACCUGAAGAAACUCUGAAGGGCUACUGGGAGGACAACAAGAACUCCCUUAUCAAUUACAUCGAGCAGAUUCAUCGUGGAGUGAAGGGGUUUGUUAAAGAUCUUCAGGGCAAUCCAAUAGCAAAUGCUACAAUUUCUGUGGAGGGGAUAAGCCAUGACAUUACAUCAGCCAAGGAUGGUGAUUACUGGAGAUUGCUUGUGCCUGGAAAUUACAAACUUACAGCCUCAGCACCAGGCUAUCUAGCAAUAACUAAAAAAGUGGCUGUGCCCUUUAGCCCUGCAGUUGGGGUUGAUUUUGAACUGGAAUCAUUGUCUGAAAGAAAAGAAGAGGAGAAAGAAGAGUUGAUGGAAUGGUGGAAGAUGAUGUCAGAAACACUAAAUUUUUAA